AUGGCCCGCGCCACCUCGUUCGCUGACGGCUUCGGCGUCGGCGGCGCCGGGCGCUGCCGCUGCUGCUUGCGGUACUCGCCGUCCCCGGACUACUCGCCCCUGGUGGUGGCGCGUCCUCCUCCGCGCGCCGCGUCGCCGGAGCGCGCGCCGUCGAUCCCUCCGAGCCGCGCCGCGUCCCCGGACUGCACGCCGUCGACAUCUCCGAGUCGUGCCGCCUCACCGGACUACACGCCGUCGAGCCCUCCGCGCGGGUCCUCAUCCCCGGAAGACUACACGCCGUCGAGCCCUCCGCGCGGGUCCUCAUCCCCGGAAGACUACACGCCGUCGAGCCCAGACUACACCCCUCUGAGUCCUCCCCGGCGACAGCGAGCCGCAUCGCCGGACUACACGCCCCUGACGCCUCCCGCGUGGCGCGUGCCGUCUCCGGACUACAGCCCAAGCACGCCGACCCCAUCGUCGCCGGUGGUCUCCGACGCCGAGUCUCGCACGUCUCCGCCACGCCGCAGCCGCCGCCACCAUCCCUACCAGAGGAGCAGCGGCUCCCAGCGUCAUCUUGCCCUGCAUGGGUACUAG